CGUUGUGUUUUUCAGUGUCGGGUGGAGUCUACAUCCCGUCGCAUCCCUGCGGUCAAGGAGGAGGAUUUAUUUUUUUCUACUAGUUUUUUUUUUACUUCUUCUUCUUACUGACUGUUCGUUACCUGCCAAGAAACAGCGAAAUACUCCCGAAGACAUGACGACGACUACCACCUUUAAAGGAAUGGACCCUGGUGCUAAAAGCAGUUCCAGGGUACUACGACCGCCAGGAGGGGAAACCAGCUUCUCCUUCGGCACAGAUGACAACACGACCCCCCAACGCAAGAACAAGAUGGCCUCCAGCAUCUUUGCAGAACCUGACGACCCUCAUGCUCACCGGAGGAACAAUCCGCCCACAGCCGGGGCCCCUGCAGGAACCCUGUGUGGAGAACCCUCGGCCCCGCUGAGGAGGUGCCAGCAGCCUCUUCUCUUCCCCAAGAACCCUCAGCCGGAACUGACAACCAUCCACAACUCCGGGGCCGCCAUGGUCUGGAAAGAGAGACGAGAGGGUGAAAAUGGCCAAGAACCAAAUGAUGAGUGUCGUGAGGAUGGUGAGGUGGAGCAGGAGGACCAGGAGCAGCCACAGCCCUCCGCCCCAUCGGGAGGCGCCAACGCUGCCGCCGGCGGCCGAAGAAACCCUCCUGGUGGCAAGUCCAGCCUCAUCCUGGGUUGAGACCACUCCUGUUUUUCUUUUUUUUUUCAUUCGAAUGCUUUUUUAUUUUUUGAAGAUAAAUACCCCCCACCCAACCACCCACCCACCACUCUCUUCCUCCUCAUCGCACCGCCUCCCCUCCCCUCCAUCACCUCCCUCACAUGCCGUCACGUCCACAGACCCUCGCCCUCCACCCUCAAACCUUUUGUUUUAUUCCUUUUUUCUAUUAAAAAGAAGAAAACUGUCGACAAAAGCACUUUACGUAUCUCGCCCGCCCCGUUCCAUCUCAGCCCAUCCUGUAGUGCAUUGCGCCUGCUGGGAAAGGCAUGACGUUUAGCUUGUCCCUCAUUCUCCCCCCACCCACCCUGUUGUAAAUGGUAAAGGAAAAAAAAUAAUAAAAAAGAUUUGAUGCGUGGAUUUCUAAAUACAAUAAAGAUUCAUAUGAA